AUGAAUCAACUAAGAAGUAGAGUUAUUGGAUCAUAUAUGAGAUUGUUGAGAACUGAAAAGUUAGUUUUCAAUAAUGAUAAAGCAACUCUUGCAAAAGUUACUCAACAAGCACGUACACAAUACAGAGAGAACAAAUCAGUUGAAGACCCAGUAAAGAUCGACGAAAUGGUACAACAUGCCGAUGCUGUAUCCGACUUUUUAUUAACAAGUACAAUUCAAGCCGUAAAGAAAACUGAUACUAAAUUUGGAACAGAGAGAUUAUAUGAAUUUGUUGGUGAUCAACCAAAGAAGAGAGUUAGACAAGCAAAAGGACCAAUUACAAUUCCAGAGGGUUGUUGUGGUGGUGGUGCAUGUGGAAGUACACCAGGUUCAAGUGGAUGUAGUUAA